CCAUCUGUGAGUCCCUCAGGAGUGACAGGUCUAUGGCACAUCCACUUAAGUUUGCAACAGAGCCAGUGGAGCAGCAGGGUCCAGAGGUCCCCAGUGGUCAGCACCAUCAGACACAGCUGGACUCCAUAUUUAAGCUUCUGGAGAAGGACAUCUUCACUUUUGUCCAGAAGGAGCUGAAGAAGCUCUACAAGGUUCUGAGCACAGAUUACCCAGAAUGCUUAGAGCCAGAGGAGGAUGACGAGCAGAGGAGCAGCAGUGAGGCUGUUCUGAAGAUCACACUGAACUUCCUGAAGAGGAUGAAGCAGAAGGAGCUGGCUGAGCGUCUGAGGAGCAGGACUUAUUCUGGAGUUUGCCAGCGUAAACUGAAGUCUAACCUGCAGCAGAAGUUUGAGUGUGUGUUUGAGGGCAUCGCUAAAGCAGGAAACCCCACCCUUCUGAAUCAGAUCUACACAGAGCUCUACAUCACAGAGGGAGGGUCUUCAGAGGUCAACCAGGAACAUGAGGUCAGACACAUGGAAACAGCCUCCAGGAAACCAGACCCAGCAGAGACACCCAUCACAUGUGAAGACAUGUUUAAAGGCCCAGCUCACACACAUGGACCAAUCAGAACAGUGCUGACAAAGGGAGUGGCUGGCAUCGGGAAAACAGUGCUCACUCAGAAGUUCAGUCUGGACUGGGCUAAAGGCAAAGCCAACCAGGACAUACAGCUGCUGUUCCCGUUCACUUUCAGAGCACUCAAUGUGCUGAAGGAGAGACGCUUCAGCUUGGUGACACUUGUUCAUCACUUCUUUAGUCAAACAAAAACAGAACUCUGCAGCUUUGAAGACCUCCAGGUGCUCUUCAUCUUUGACGGUCUGGACGAGUGCAGACUUCCUCUGGACUUCACCAAAACCAAGACCCUGUCCGACCCCACAGAGUCCGCCUCACUGCACGUGCUGCUGGUAAACCUCAUCAGGGGGAUCCUGCUUCCCUCCGCUCGCCUCUGGAUAACGACACGACCUGCGGCGGCCAAUCAGAUCCCUGCUGAGUGCAUCUCCAUGGUGACAGAGGUCAGAGGCUUCACCGACCCACAGAAGGAGCAGUACUUCAGGAAGAGGUUCAGAGACGAGGCCAACACAAUCAUCUCCCACAUCAAGACGUCCAGAAGCCUCCACAUCAUGUGCUACAUGCCGAUCUUCUGCUGGAUCACUGCCACAGUCCUGGAGCAUGUGUUGAAAAGCAGAGAGAGAGGAGAGCUGCCCAAGACCCUGACUCAGAUGUACAUCCACUUCCUGGUGGUUCAGGCCAAAGUCAUGAACAUCAAGUAUGAAGAAGGAUCUGAGACAGACCCACACUGGAGUCUAGAGACCAGGAAGAUGGUGAAGUCUCUGGGAAAACUGGCCUUUGAGCAGCUGCAGAAAGGAAACCUGAUCUUCUACGAGUGUGACCUGAGGGAGUGUGGACUGGACGCUGCAGCGGCCUCAGUGUACUCUGGAGUGUUCACACAGGUCUUUAGAGAGGAGCCAGGCCUGUACCAGGACAAGGUCUACUGCUUCAUCCACCUGAGUGUGCAGGAGUUUCUUGCUGCUCUUCACGUCCAUCAGACCUUCAUCAAAACUGGGAUCAACCUGCUCUCAGAGAAACAAACAUCAGUGGAAUUUUAUGAGACAGCUGUGGACCAGGCCUUACAGAGUCUAAAUGGACACCUGGACCUGCUCCUCCGCUUCCUCCUGGGUCUUUCAUUGUCAACUAAUCAGAGCCUUCUACAAGGUCUGCUGAAGCAGACGGGAAGUAGCUCCCAGAACAAUCAGAAAAUAGCUGAAUACAUCAAGAGGAAGCUGAGUGAGGAUUUGUCUGCAGAGAGGAGCAUCAACCUGCUCCACUGUCUGAAUGAACUGAAUGAGCGUUCUCUGGUGGAGCAGAUCCAACAGGUCCUGAGGUCAGGACGUCUGUCUAAAGCCAAACUGUCUCCUGCUCAGUGCUCAGCUCUGGCCUUCAUCUUACUGUCAUCAGAAAAAAAUCUGGACAAGUUUAAGCUGAAGAAGUACUGUGCUUCAGAGGAGGCUCUCCUGAGGCUGCUGCCAGUGGUCAAGGCCUCCAACAAAGCUCUACUGAGCAGCUGUGACCUGUCAGAGAGAAGCUGUGAAGCUCUGUCCUCAGUCCUCAGCUCCCAGUCCUCUAGCCUGAGAGUCCUGGAUCUCAGUCACAACGACUUGAAGGACUCAGGGCUGGAGAUGUUGUCUGUUGGUCUGAAGAGUCCUCACUGUAAACUGGAAAAGCUCAGGUUGUCUGGAUGUCUGGUCUCACAGAGGGGCGUGGCUGCUCUGGCCUCAGCUCUGAGCUCCGCCCCCUCCCACCUCAGAGAGUUAGACCUGAGCUACAACCAUCCAGGACCCUCAGCAGAGCUCCUGACCGCUCUACAGGACCAGCGCCCCCUGCUGUCUGUCAGACUGGACCAUGCUGGAGCUGUGAGGUUAACACCAGGACUAAGAAAGUAUUUCUGUGAUCUCACUCUGGAUCCAAACACAGCUCACAGAAACCUCAAACUGUCUGACAACAACACGAAGGUGACACGUGUGACAGAGGAGCAGCCGUAUCCAGAUCAUCAGGACAGAUUUGACCACUGGGGUCAGAUUCUGUGUUCCACUGGUCUGACUGGUCGCUGUUACUGGGAGGUCCAGUGGAGAGGAUAUGUUUAUAUAUCAGUGUCUUACAGAGGAAUCAGAAGGAAAAGACACAGUAAUCACAGUGUGUUUGGACGCAAUGAUCAGUCCUGGAGUCUGGAGUGUUCUGAAGAUGGUUUCUCUGUUCGUCAUAAUAACAAACACACCUCCCUCCCUCAGCCCUGGUCCUCCUGGUCUGGGACAGUCUCAGUGUUUGUGGACUGUCCUGCUGGCUCUCUGUCCUUCUACACAGUCUCCUCUGACCAACUGACCCACCUCCACACCUUCAACACCACGUUCAUUCAGCCUCUGCUCCCUGGGUUUAUGCUCUGGACUGACUCCUCAGUGUCUCUGUGUCCGACAGACUCAUCCUCCUCUGUGUAA